UGUCAAUGCGUAGAACCUUGCAGAAAUAAAUUGAUGUGAUUUAAAAUAAAGAGAAAUUCAGAUUGUCCAUAACAAUGUCGGCUUUACUUUCUAAUAUUCGCAGAUGUGUGAGCCUUAAUAAUGUUGGAGUCGUCCAAGCAGCCAUGUACCAUGCUAAGGUUAUUGACCAUUACGAAAACCCUCGCAAUGUUGGUUCCAUGGAUAAAAAGGAUAAGAGUGUAGGCACGGGUUUGGUCGGAGCUCCUGCUUGCGGCGAUGUCAUGAAGUUGCAGAUCAAAGUCGACGAAAAUGGAAAGAUAAUUGACGCUAAGUUCAAAACUUUCGGCUGUGGGUCUGCUAUUGCAUCAAGUUCGUUAGCUACUGAAUGGGUGAAGGGGAAAACCGUAGAUGAAGCUCUGACGAUUAAGAAUACUGAUAUUGCUAAAGAGUUAUCUCUUCCCCCUGUCAAACUGCAUUGUUCAAUGUUAGCAGAAGACGCAAUCAAGGCAGCUUUAUCUGACUAUAGAAUCAAACAACAAGACAAGAAGGAAUAGACAUUGACUUGUAAUGAUUUGGAACAGAUCUGUGAUUGCUGAUUGGACAGAAAUACAUGACUUUUGAAUUAAACUAUAAAUUAUAAUUAGUUUUAUUUAGAAGUACCAUAAGUUUGAAAUAAAAGUGGAAAUGUGACUUCAACAUACUCUGUAUUGUCUGAAAACCAGAAAUACUGAAAUACUUUUUAAAAAACAUUUAAUUCUGUCUGCCUCCUUGAACAUAAACAGAUUGCUAUAGUUUUAAUGUGGCUUAGAACAAAGAGUCUUGUGAAGCUCAUCUAUCUCAGUUGCAUUUCGGCAGAUUGUGUGCACUGGCCCACCAUCUUUCACCUUUAAAUGGCUCAAGCCAUGCUCAUCUUCAACUCUUCAAGUGUCAGAAUAUUUCAUAUUUCUACAAGUCAUAAAAACUCUUGUAUUUCUUUCCAAAGAUUGUAUAUGCUAGACAUUUUAGUAGAGUUAGGCGAGUUUUAUUCAUUUAAGUUAGUAAUGAUCAAUGCAAUUUUUUUCUCAAACAAGACAUAGUGUGAAUUCCAGUAGUUGAAGAGGGUAGACUAAUUUAACAGCUCGAAAGUUAAGUCUUCUGUCUUUUUUGUACUGAUAGCUAAAGAACAGUUGCACUUAAUUUAAAAUAAUCAUAGUAAUUGUUAAAAUUUAGGUAGUCUGUAUUUGAUGAUUUUUGUUUUCAAUAAAUAGUUUCUAGUAAGCUUAAUUUGAUGGUUUUAU